GGAAUUUUUUAUUUUCCUUCUCUGUGGCUGAUCUUCCGCCUCGCCCUCUCCUAUUCAGGCCCCAAUGGAUGCUCGGAAGGAGAACGGGUGGAGAUCAGUUCCAGAAUUUGGGGGGUGGGAUCACAAUGCCCCAGGAGCAAGCAAUUAUUCUGUGGUGUUUACUCAAGCUCGUGCCAACAGGAAACAGCAGAAGACUGACUUAACUGAGUUCAAAAGAAGCAGCCUAGGGAACGAAAGGGAGUUAAUGGCGGCUGCAGGUCAUCAACAAAAACAUCGCCACCAACACCGCCACCGCCAUGAACAUCAAAACCAACACCGCCGCCAUCACCACCACCAACAUCAUCAUCAAGCAGCAGCAGAUGACUCUAUUGCAGUAAGUACUUUCAUCAGCAUUACUUUAGUCUCAGAAUCAGAUCUCCAACUGCCUAAUCAAAAUCUCUAACUAAACAAAUCAAAUCCAAAUUGAACCAAAAAAAAAGAGAGAGAGAGAGAUGUUUGAAUACAGUAGCUAAAGAAAGCUUGUGUAGAACAUAGUACCUGUUGGAUUCUGAGGCUGAGGAAUACCUGAACAAAUCAACUUUGAAGUAAUAAGAUUAGAAACUGAUUUAUCUAUCCAUGAUGGUGACAGCUUCGUUUAUAACCUUGUAUGCAAUUACUUUUUCCAAGUUUAGCCACAGCUAGAAUUUUGAAGUAAUACAAUUGUCUAAAAUUUAAGACUAUGAUUACUGACUGUUGUCUUCUUACAUCAUACAAUGAACACAAGGAUAUUUCAUAACUGUAAUAGAAUUUAUAACAGCAGGGUAUCCACGAUCAUUUCAAUGUGAAUUCUAUACUUACCUAAAAACUCAUCGUAAUAAAAAUCUUACAAUACAGAAUAAGAAA